UUGAUUUUCUAAGAUUAUACAAAUGUAUGGAUUACAAGUGCUGACUGAGGAAUCUUGGCUUCUUGUGCUUUUAUCACUAGAUUUAACCUGUAUGCUUAAUUUGGGUACCCACUCCCACCACUGUUCAGGUUCACAGUAGCCAAUCUUUUAAUUCAGUGAAAUUUAACUUCUUUGUUGGCAGUGGUAACUUUGCUUUAUGAGCAUAGUAAAUGUUUGUCUUGUAUUUUCCUUUUGGAAAGUAAUCAUAGAACAUGCUACCUGGUUUUAGUCUAUGUGCCAUGACUUAAGUGGCAGUAGGCACAAAUAGUACUGUAGUGUGCCAUGACUUCAGUGACAAUAGGCAUAAAUAACGCUGUGCAGGUUGCUUACGUAGCUGUUCAGUUGGGAUUCUUUGGGUGUCCUCUGGCUGGUAGAUUCCCAGUGAUGCUUCAGUAGACGCUUUCUGCCACCUACCGUUUGCUUUGCAACACUGCUGGGUCUUUUCAUUCUCUGCUUGGAUUUUCAAUGCUCUGACCCCACUGGAGUAAUUCUUUUUAAUCUAAGUGGUUUAAUUAUUGAUUGGCUGAUUUAUUUAUUUAUUAUUUUGUUCCCCUUUUCUCUCCUCCAGUUAGUUGUGCAAAUGCAUGAUGUAACGUGGUUUAAAUGAAGAAUAUCUGGGCUGACUAGAACUGCUGAGAAGAGCUGUACAGUUGGGACCUAAGUAGUACUUCCAUUUCUCAUUGUCUGUGCUCUCAUCCAUCCAUUUCUGUCUAUGGGGAAAACAAAUCAAACAUCCUGCCUGGCAGAUGUGAAUGAAAAUAGGAGGGGGAAAAAUUCUGUAGAACUGUUGCAACAGGUGGAUUGCAACUUAAUGAAGCAACUUAAUUAAAGCUUGAUGUAGAAUAAUUUCAAAAUCUACACACUGGAAGGCAUUAAUCUCUAAAACAGUAACAGUAAUUAGUUUGGCACUGUCAAUAACAGUGAGCUGUGAGAUAAAAGGCUGAGCUACUUUGUCUGACAUACUGUAAUAAAUAUAUGCCCCAGAACUGCUGUGAAAACAAGACUGUCUGUUCAUAUGUCAGUCAGGCAAACACUAGACCUGUAAAUUACCAGUCUGGCUUAUUGCCUUGAUGAACAAGAUCUGUGGGGUUUGAUUUGUUUUAUUUUAUUUUUUUUCCUGUUGUCUGGGACUCGGAGUCCCAGAUAAAGAGUAAUAUCCUGUGCAAAUACAGCCUGCAAGAGUAAUUACAGUACAGUUGAUUGGAACCUGUUGCUGCCCCACCACCUGAAAGCAGCAUUUCAGCCCUUCAGCAGCUCAAGACAAGUUGCUGAUUUUUCCAGUUCUUAAAACUGGGGAGCAGUCAUGAAUGUAUAUUAUGCAUGAGAAUGUAUUUUUAUUUCUGCUUUGCUUUUACUACUGCUGAUCUUUUGUAGCCUCACAGAUGCUCUGACAUAGAGGUAUGCCAGAGGAAUAACUCAAAAAGAAAAUGUCAAAGAUGAUGUGAAGGGAUUACUGCAUUUCUUCUACAUCAUCUGGAGUUACCAGCAUUCAUUUAAGACUGUACUUGCUGUCAGUUCCUACGAUGAUUUGGCAUAAGUCGUUCUGUCUUUGCACGCUUCUCUCAGCUCUGAUCUUUGCAUGACUUUUCUUGGCUCAACAAACAUGACUCAGUGGAUUAACGACUGUUACUACUUCACCUGUCAGCGUGCCAUAAAUCAAAGGCCCUAUAAAGCCUUUGGGGAGAACGCAGAGAGGCUGAGCUCAGCAGCAGGAUCCUUUGUUCGUGUAUUGAGCUUCCCCACUUACUGAAAGAUGUCACCAGUUGGAGCAGCAUUGUCCUGUUCCUGUCUCCGUCCUGGUGUAUGGCUGCUGCUGAAGCCAGGCAUACAGAAGAAGAGCUCCCUUGGUUUGCAUACAGCAGCCAGGUGUGCUGCUAAGGAUUAUUAUGAAGUACUUGUGCUGGGUGGAGGCUCUGGUGGAAUCGCCAUGAGUGCUCGGAUGAAGAGGAAAGUGGGGGCAGGGAAUGUGGCUGUUGUUGAGCCAAGCAAGACUCAUUACUAUCAGCCUCUGUGGACCCUGGUUGGUGCUGGUGCAAAGCAGCUGUCAGCUUCUGCACGUCCAACAGAAAGUGUGAUGCCUGAAGGUGUUGAGUGGAUUAAAUCUCGAGUUACAGCAUUGGAUCCAGAUAAGAACUGUGUCAGGCUGGAGAAUGAUGUCAAGAUAUCUUACAAAUACUUGAUAAUUGCCCUUGGGAUUAGUCUGCAUUAUGAAAAGAUCAAAGGCUUGCCCGAGGGUUUUCAUCACCCUAAAAUAGGUUCCAAUUAUUCAGUUCAUACAGUAGAGAAAACUUGGAAAGCCUUGCAAGAUUUCAAGGAAGGAAAUGCAAUCUUCACUUUUCCAAACACUCCGGUGAAAUGUGCAGGGGCUCCUCAGAAAAUCAUGUAUUUAUCUGAGGCUUACUGGAGGAAAACAGGAAAACGACCCAAAGCAAACAUAAUGUUCAACACUUCACUUGGUGUCAUUUUUGGUGUUAAAAAAUAUGCUGACGCGUUGCUUGAAAUAAUAAAGGAGAGGAAUAUUGCUGUUAACUAUAAGUGCAACCUUGUUGAAGUUCGAGCAGACAAGCAGGAAGCUGUGUUUGAAAACCUGGACAAACCUGGAGAGACUGAAGUUCAUCAGUAUGAAAUGCUUCAUGUCACACCCCCAAUGGGGCCGCCUGAUGUACUUAUCAACAGCCCUGUCUCCGAUGAAAACGGCUGGGUAGAUGUAAAUAAGGAAACUCUACAACAUAAAAAGUAUCCUAAUGUUUUUGGUAUUGGAGAUUGCACCAACCUUCCAACAUCAAGAACUGCUGCGGCUGUAGCUGCCCAAUCUGGAGUGCUUGAUAAAACUAUUUCCCUGGUAAUGAAGAACCAGUCACCAACUAAAAAGUAUGAUGGAUAUACCUCCUGCCCACUAGUAACAAGCUAUAACAAGGUGAUUCUAGCAGAAUUUGACUACAAUGCUCAGCCUUUGGAGACCUUUCCUAUUGACCAAAGUAAGCAGAGGACAACAAUGUACCAUAUGAAAGCUGAUAUGAUGCCAAUUCUCUAUUGGAAUGCGUUACUCAAGGGAUACUGGGGAGGACCGGCUCCUAUCAGAAAGCUGAUGCAUCUAGGCUUGAAGUAAAUGCUGGUUCUCAGCUGAAGUUCUUGAAGAAAUAAGACUGGCCUUGUGCUGGAUGUGUAUGUAUACUUCCUUUUGGACAUCUCUUCAAUUGACAGACUUCUUUAAUCAUCACGUUUUUGUCCCAACUUUAACUUUCUGCCUUACUACUUUCUUGUAUGUGAUCCAAGGCCUUAAAUUAAUAAUGUAUGUAGAUAGCAGUUUCAGCUCAAGUGUCAGCUUGCCUUCAGCUGCAAGCCACUCACUACUGAAACUUCCUACAGUAAUCAACGUCCUUAAAUCAGUUUUGUAUGUAAGGAAUUUUCUGUGACUGUCUCCCAACUUCCUUACUUCCAAAAUCUAAAUGUGCACUUAAUAAAAUAAUUAAAUGCUAGUAUUUGCAUUAUUCA